AUGAACGAAGAACCCGAAAUAGCUGUCAAGUACACCUACGACCAACUACAGGACAAGUGGAAACGCGAAAAAGUCCAGGUUACUUUUGCUGACAAACCCUUUGCUCAAGGAGGGAUGAGGGUUUGCUACAAGAUGGUACAAGUCUCUCCGCCCAUCGAAGGAGUGCUGGUUGCAAAGAUGUUCACCAAGCAAGUCAAACCCGAGAUCUACUUCGAGGAAGCCAUGACCCAGAUGCUUGCGGACAGCUACGCUCUUGAGUUCAACAAGAGAAGCAGGAAGAGGAAAGUCUGCUUCCUACCUGUCAGUGUCUACCAAUUGCGAGAGAGAGGAGGUCAGUUGGUGAAUGUCGAGCCGUUUCUGAAAGGCGACUACAUCAAGCAUAACGACAAUGAUGGAAACGUUGAGACAGGGGAUGAGUUACCACAGGCCUUCAGCCACUUCUCAUGGGAAGCGAGCAACGGUCAGCUGCUGAUCGUCGACAUCCAAGGGGUGGCAAACUUCUACACCGACCCGCAAGUUCACAUUGACAGAGCGUUUUGUCAGAUCCAUAGUCAGGACGGCCAGAGCUUUGGGCAGGGCAACUUGGGCAUGAAGGGGAUAGAGAGCUUCUUGAGUACACACACGUGCAACAGCAUAUGCCGCUCGUUGCGGCUUCCACAGUAUCAAUUCGGCCGAUGCGUCGAGGAGGUCGAGGAACAGCAGCUGCACAAGCAAGCCCUGGUAGACGACGACCGCAGGAGUCAGUCGCCGUUGAGAUGGAACUCAGGCAACGCCUACGGGAGAGGGCUUGAGCGUGCGGUGUCGUCCAUCACCUCGGACGACUCUCCUCCGAAAGACCGACGGGUCCGAGAACGACCUGCUUCAGGGUACUCACUCAAUGACGAGCUCGACCCGGGAUGUAAACCACCGACGGUCGGGCCCGGUCUCUCAAUGCACAAGCCGAUAGCCAAGAAUGCCGGAGGAAAGAAGAAGCUGAUGAGCUCAUUUGAUGACUUGGAUGAGGGGCCGGCAGUCAGCUCCUUCGAGUUCCAGGGCCUCAGGCUGAGCAACGAGGAGCCAGCCGAAGCUCCUUCGAGCGCCUCGACGAGGAACUACAGCACCAGCAAGAAGGCCCCCUCAGCUCAUCGGUCAAAGAGAGACACCUCUCCCGUCUGGCGAGGCAACAGCGAGCAUGACUGGUAG